AUGGCUUUACAAAACUAUUGUCAGGCCAAUAAUUAUCUACAGUGCGACAAUGACAGCUCACGCGCGGUUGUCAAUCUGUCAAAAUGUCAAUUAGAUAUAAACACAAUAAAAGUUUUGGAAAAGGGAUUAAAUUUCGCUGUUACACCUCGCAAGAUACCUUUCGAAGAAAUUAUUUGUAACGUUGAAGACUGUCUGUCGAGAAACAAUAUAAAGAAGGAAGAUUUGGAGGCUAUCAGACAAGAUAUAUCGUCAGCAUUACGACGAAGUUCUGUGCCAAAACUAAAUCUUCCCCGCGAACAAUUAAAAGCUUUAUUAGAUCUUCGAAACAGACGUGAAUUAACGGUUCUUCGUGCAGAUAAGGGUAAUGCAACGGUUGUGAUGGAUACGUCAGAUUACAGGGAUAAAAUUCAACAACUAUUAUCGGAUGAAAACACUUAUACAAAUAUCAAAGCCGAUCCAACUAACAAGGUUUUGAAAAUAACUACUAAUCUAAUUAAAAAGUACUCCGAGUCGUUGAAUCUAGACGUCAAAUCUUUGAUUCCUUCUUGUCCAAAACCACCUAAGCUGUAUGGUUUGCCAAAAAUACACAAGGCUAAUGCUCCACUCCGUCCAAUUGUAAGCCAGAUCGACUUACCAACCUACAGACUGGCUAAACAUGCUGCCCAUGUACUUUCGCCACUGCGUGGACAAACCAGAGCACAUACACGGGAUUCGUACCACUUUGUUAAUGAGAUCAAACAUCUACAUCUCAGUGACAAUGAAACUAUGGUUAGUUUUGAUGUGCAAUCACUCUUUACAUGCUUACCGGUUGAAGAUUGCAUUAGUAUUGUGUCAAGAAAGCUAAAGGAAAAUGACAUGCCGAUAGAAUACGCUGACCUUCUCAAGCAUUGCCUUACAUCUGGCUACAUGUUGUGGAAUAAUCAGUUCUACAAACAAGUAGAUGGCGUAGCGAUGGGUUCACCAGUAUCCCCCGUUGUUGCCGACAUAUUUAUGGAGGACUUCGAGGAGACUGCUCUGCGUACCUCGCCCAUAACACCCAGGUUCUACAAACGUUGUAUGGAAAUUGCACCUGAGCGGUGGCGGAGUCACAUACAUAAAGUGUUAACGAUGUUCACGACAAGCAGCACAAACGAAGUACAAUGUAUAACGUACCUGGGUCUGCAACUACACGAUGAUCCAGCCUUCCUCGUGGGCAGCAAUUCUAAUAAUCUUGAAGCAAGUUGGUGA